UGGUUUGCGGGGUUGGGCCGCAUUUGCUGCCGCCGCGGUAGCUGCUGCACUUCGGUGCGGAGCGGGCAGACGCCGAGAGAACCCCGGGCCGGGAACCGGGAGCCGGCAGAGCUGCUGCUGCGGCGUCUGGGUCCAUUUCCAUCUUACGAACACCGAGGCCAGUGCCCGGCGGCUUCUGCUCCCAGCCCGGCCCAGGGAGGAGCGGGUCACUUUAUUUUGGAAGAAAGGGGCGAGUCCGCGUGUGAGCUUCCCUCCUGGCCUGGCUCUCUCAGUGCGCCCCAGCUUUGGCACGGGCUCCGGAAGAUGACUCCGUCGUCUGCUCUGUGUAUUCCCGCGGCGGCGGCUCCGAGAGGCUGCCCAAAGUGGUAACACUUGGUAGUAGCCGCUAGUGGAAAAGUGAGCCGAGGCGGCCCGGGCUCGGCUCUCCGCGCGCCCCGUCGCCCGCUACUCCUUCCCCUCGACUCCCGGGCGGCUGCAGCAUGAAGUGGCGCAGCGAUGGCCAGGAGAGGUAAGAAGCCCGUGGUGCGGACGCUGGAGGAUCUGACGCUGGACUCGGGUUAUGGUGGCGCGGCGGACUCGGUGCGCUCUUCCAACUUGUCCCUGUGCUGUUCCGACUCGCACCCGGCGUCCCCGUAUGGCGGGAGCUGCUGGCCGCCUCUAGCUGACUCCAUGCACAGCCGGCACAACAGCUUUGACACUGUCAACACUGCCCUGGUGGAAGACUCCGAGGGGCUGGACUGCGCCGGCCAGCACUGCUCGCGGCUGCUGCCGGACCUCGACGAGGUCCCUUGGACCCUCCAGGAGCUGGAGGCGCUGCUGCUGCGCUCGCGGGAUCCCCGAGCAGGCCCGGCGGCCCCCGGUGGCCUGCCCAAAGACGCGCUGGCCAAGCUGUCGACGCUGGUGAGCCGGGCGCUGGUACGCAUCGCCAAAGAGGCGCAGCGCCUCAGUCUGCGCUUCGCUAAGUGCACCAAGUACGAGAUCCAGAGCGCCAUGGAGAUAGUGCUGUCCUGGGGCCUGGCGGCGCACUGCACGGCGGCCGCGCUGGCAGCGCUGUCCCUCUACAACAUGAGCAGCGCCGGCGGCGACCGCCUGGGCCGUGGCAAAUCGGCGCGCUGCGGCCUCACCUUCUCUGUGGGCCGCGUGUACCGCUGGAUGGUGGACAGCCGCGUGGCGCUGCGCAUCCACGAGCAUGCCGCCAUCUACCUGACGGCCUGCAUGGAGAGCCUCUUCCGGGACAUCUAUGCGCGGGUCGUGGCCUCCGGGCUGCCCCGGAGCUGCAGCGGCCCCGGCCCGGGCUCCAGCUCCGGCCCAGGCCCGGGCCCCGGCGCGGCCCCUGCGGCGGAUAAGGAGCGGGAGGCGCCCGGAGGGGGAACAGCGAGCGGCGGCCCCUGCAGCGCAGCCAGCAGCGCUAGUGGGGGCAGCAGCUGUUGCGCCCCGCCGGCAGUGGCUGCGGCCGCUGCACCCCCGCCGGCCGCCGCCGCCAACCACCACCAUCACCACUACCACGCACUCCACGAGGCACCCAAGUUCACUGUGGAGACUCUGGAGCACACGGUCAACAACGACUCGGAGAUCUGGGGGCUCCUGCAGCCCUACCAGCACCUCAUCUGCGGGAAGAACGCCAGCGGAGCGCUGUGCCUGCCAGACAGCCUGAACCUUCACAGAGACCCGCAGCGGUCAAACAAGCCGGGAGAACUGCCCAUGUUCAGCCAGUCAGAGCUGAGGACCAUCGAGCAGUCCUUGUUGGCCACCCGCGUGGGCAGCAUCGCAGAACUGAGUGACCUGGUGUCCCGAGCAAUGCAUCACCUGCAGCCCCUCAAUGCCAAGCACCACGGCAACGGCACCCCCCUGCACCACAAGCAGGGGGCGCUCUACUGGGAGCCGGAGGCCCUGUACACCCUUUGCUAUUUCAUGCACUGCCCACAGAUGGAAUGGGAAAAUCCCAACGUGGAGCCUUCCAAAGUCAACCUCCAGGUGGAAAGGCCCUUCCUGGUGCUGCCGCCGCUGAUGGAGUGGAUCCGGGUGGCCGUGGCGCACGCCGGCCACCGCCGCAGCUUCUCCAUGGACAGCGACGACGUCCGCCAGGCGGCCCGGCUGCUGCUGCCCGGCGUGGACUGCGAGCCGCGCCAGCUCAGGGCGGACGACUGCUUUUGUGCUUCUCGGAAACUGGACGCAGUGGCCAUCGAAGCCAAGUUUAAGCAGGACCUGGGUUUCCGGAUGCUAAACUGUGGGCGGACAGACCUGGUGAAGCAGGCGGUGUCUCUCCUGGGGCCCGAUGGGAUCAACACCAUGAGCGAACAGGGCAUGACCCCCCUGAUGUACGCCUGCGUCCGUGGGGACGAGGCAAUGGUUCAGAUGCUGCUGGAUGCUGGAGCUGACCUGAAUGUGGAGGUUGUCAGUACUCCUCAUAAAUAUCCAUCUGUCCACCCUGAGACCCGCCAUUGGACGGCUCUGACUUUUGCUGUGUUGCAUGGACAUAUUCCUGUAGUUCAGCUCCUCCUCGACGCCGGGGCCAAGGUGGAAGGCUCUGUGGAGCACGGCGAGGAGAACUACUCAGAGACGCCUCUCCAGCUCGCAGCUGCCGUAGGAAAUUUUGAGCUGGUUAGUUUGCUGUUGGAGCGUGGCGCGGAUCCCCUGAUAGGAACCAUGUACAGGAAUGGAAUUUCUACAACCCCCCAGGGUGAUAUGAACUCUUUCAGCCAGGCCGCAGCCCACGGACACAGGAAUGUGUUCCGCAAACUGCUCGCUCAGCCAGAGAAGGAGAAGAGUGACAUCUUGUCCCUGGAGGAGAUUCUGGCUGAGGGGACUGACCUGGCGGAGACAGCCCCGCCUCCCCUGUGUGCCAGCCGCAACAGCAAAGCCAAACUGAGGGCCCUGAGGGAGGCCAUGUAUCACAGCGCUGAGCAUGGCUACGUGGAUGUCACAAUUGAUAUCAGGAGCAUAGGCGUCCCGUGGACCCUGCACACGUGGCUGGAGUCUUUGCGGAUCGCCUCCCAGCAGCACCGCAGGCCUCUCAUUCAGUGCCUGCUAAAGGAGUUUAAGACCAUCCAGGAGGAAGAGUACACGGAGGAGCUCAUCAUCCAAGGCCUGCCACUCAUGUUUGAGAUCCUGAAAGCGAGCAAGAACGAAGUGAUCAGCCAGCAGCUGUGUGUCAUCUUCACUCACUGCUACGGGCCCUACCCGAUCCCCAAGCUCACAGAGAUCAAGAGGAAACAGACCUCGCGCCUGGAUCCUCAUUUCCUUAACAAUAAAGAAAUGUCUGAUGUUACCUUUCUGGUAGAAGGAAGACCAUUUUAUGCUCACAAAGUACUGUUAUUUACAGCCUCUCCAAGGUUCAAAGCACUGCUUUCCAGCAAACCAACAAAUGACAGCACCUGCAUAGAGAUCGGUUAUGUGAAAUACCCCAUCUUUCAGCUGGUCAUGCAAUAUCUCUAUUACGGGGGCCCGGAGUCACUUCUCAUUAAAAACAAUGAGAUAAUGGAGCUUCUGUCUGCUGCUAAAUUUUUCCAGCUGGAGGCUUUGCAGCGACACUGUGAGAUUAUCUGUGCAAAGAGCAUCAAUACAGACAACUGCGUGGAUAUUUACAACCAUGCCAAGUUCCUUGGAGUCACAGAGCUCUCAGCCUAUUGUGAAGGCUACUUCCUCAAAAACAUGAUGGUCCUCAUUGAAAAUGAAGCAUUCAAGCAGCUCCUAUAUGACAAAAAUGGCGAAGGGACAGGCCAGGAUGUGCUCCAGGACUUACAGAGGACGUUGGCCAUUAGGAUUCAGUCAAUCCACUUGUCAUCUUCCAAAGGUUCUGUUGUAUGAAGCAUCGGUGCAGCCAACGCUGCCCAGGGGCCUCCUGGGCACAGAUUUCACGUGGCAUCUGUUUUUGGCUGGGCCAAGGAGCUGUCUCUACUGCCUCAGCUUCUCUUGAAUAAGCAAAUUCAGCUCCAGUGUGUCCCUGUUGAAAAAUAAAAAUUGGGUCUGCAGGUCAGGUGGCCGCUGGGCUCAGCCAAGCUAACACCAUCUGAAAGCUCGCCUGGGGCGGCUGAACGCCCACCGCUGUCCACUGGAUGGCUUGAAAACCACUAAAGGUUGCUGGAGUUCCAGGUUGACAGUCGGAGAACUUAAUUAAACUGCCUCCAAAGGGUGUUGAUUACACAUUGAGGACCUUAGUAGCUAUGGUUCAGCAAGAAUCAACCAAGGUAGCAAAUUUGGUGAGACUGUUACCAAUAACGAAGAAAUAAUUUGGCAAAUUUUUAGGGGUGGGGACUUUUUCAAAUGUUCAUAAAAAUGUAAAAACAGGGCAGCCUUGUAGUUUAAAAUAUAUUUCUAAAAGCUUAACAGUUCCUUUUCAACUGAAUUGUGUUUAGGGAAUCUGUGUUUUGAGGUUUUUUUCUUUUUUUGAAAAAUAUUACGUCGCAGGUCUUCACUGUAUAACAUGCAUCUGACAAGAUAUUGCUGAUAUCCUAUACAAGGUGAAAUAAUAAUCUUGCCUUAGUGAUCAUGGUUACCCAAGAGAGGUGCACUGCCAAUAAUUAUCUCUAAUUCAGUAGUUGAAAACAACCUGCAUGCUAAUCGUGGUCUUGGGGUAAGAAUAAAAUACCCCCACAUAACAAAACAUGCAUUUGCAUGGGCCCAAACCUGUGAUAUGUUAUGUUCAUGCUUCAUUUUUGCCAAGGUAGAAAUAUUCCAUCACUUCUUGCUAAAAGUCUAUUUGGUGAAACUAUCAUAUCCUUCCUUUCCUAAUUAUGAAUGAUUAUGGGAGCUUUUGCAGAAAUGUGUUCAUAGAUGAUGCUGAAUGGGGAGGGUGGGGGGAGCACGUCAGAGAAUUUACUAUUAAUCCCAAGUUUUCUCUGUAUUCUCAGAUGUUAAUAGUUUGUUACUAGCCAGAGAAUAUGACUAUGUUAGAUUAUUUUUAAAGAUGAAACAUGUAUGAUAGGAUGGAUUCCUUCUGUAUUCUGAGAGUGUACAGCAUAGGGUCAUCUAUAAUGAAAGUCUAUGUUGACAGGGUUCCGUUUGCUCUGCCAUAUAUUAUAAGCAAAAGAGAUUGGUGAAGUGCCACAAUAUCCCCAAUAAGUUUUGAGUUGCUGCCUUUUCUUCUUGUCCUUUCAUUUGAAACCUACAUACAUGCAGUAAAAACCAGGAGAAUGACUUUUACUCUUUGGGAUGGCAAAGUUUCAUUGAUAAACCUAUUUCCUAGCAUGCCUUUGGGAAGUCGUGCACAGACCCUAGAUUCUAAAGGAGCUGCUGUUCAUCCAUCCUACUUGCUCCCUGAGCUGUUGUUGAGAGGACUGAUGUCAGAUCUCCUUUCGUGGGCAUGACCCUUGGAGUCCCAGGGCCACAUCUGCCUACAGAAUUGGCUCUUCUGUGACACAGAUACACAGGGCCUGUCUUCCCCUUGGUCAUCUGCAAACCUCCCCAGGCCCUACAUCAGAGGAAGAAGGAGGGAAGAGCUGCCUGCAGAGGAGUCUGAGUUAUGGAUGCACAGCACACGUGUGAGCUGUCACUGUCUCCUGCUUCCUCUGUGUCCUCGAUGCCGCGUGGAUGUUCCCUUCGCCACACUGCACUUCCCUGUGAAUGUCUAAUGCUAGUUCAGGACCUCCGGGCAUUGAUUUGUACAGUGGCCGCUCCUGAUGGGCUUCUGUGACAGCUUGGUGUGCUUUCUCUGUCAUUAAAAGAAAUGAUUUUCCCAA